AUGAAGAAAACACAAAGAAAAAAAAAAAAUUAUAAGAAUGACGAAAAUAAUAUUGUUGGAGAAAAUAAAUCUAUUAGAAAUGAAAAUAAUAAGUGUAGUCUUGAUACCUCUUUUGAGUCCAACACAGUUGGAAUUUACUCCAGCACACAUUCCACACUUGACAAAUGCGUGAAUCGCCUCAGUGAUGAUAAAGAAGUUGCAACUGCAGAAGUUGCGACUGAAGAAGUUGCUACUAAAAAAGUUGGAGAUAUAUCGAAAACCAUAAGUGACACAUGUGUGGAAGAGGCAUCCUCUAAUUUUGGAUCAUUUGGGAUAAACGAAACAGUAAUAAGCUCAGGGGAGAAUAAGGAAGAUGAAUCCAUUAUUGGAAGUGCGCAUGUGAAUAUGUGCUCUAGGAGAGGAAAAAAAGAAGAUUCUGGGGUUGAGGAAAUGGCAGGUGGCUGUAGAACUCAUGUGGAUCAUUCUACGGAUGAAGGACGUGACGAAAAUGAUUAUGAAAGAACAGACUAUAUGACAGUUAAUACAUCUAUUGAUGUGAUUAAAUGUGAGACAGAGAGAGAACACACAGAUGAAGAAAGUGUUAUGGGGAAAAAUACUCUUGAGAAGCAUGAAAAUGAAUCAGGUGGUAGAUCUUCUCAUAUGGAAAGUAGUAUAUGCGCUGAAACUAAAUAUAAAGAAAAGAAGGUUCCAAUCAGAAAAAAUACUGGAAGAGGGAUAACUGCUGAUAUAAUUGCGAAUAAUAAUAAGCGAGAUGAGAAAAUGGAUAACUUGAAAGGUAUUUUGCAUGAUCAGCUAAAAAAAAAAAAAAAAAUUUUAGAAGAAAAAUUACGGGUCAGACAGUAUGAAAAAAGUAAACUAGAAGAAGAUGUUAAAAAUGCAGGAGUAGAACUCUUUCGAAUAAAUAAAGAAAAUGAAUUUUUGAACAAAAAAAAACAUGAAUUAAGCAUGUCUAUAAAAAAUAUUAAAUGUAGAAAGGAUAAACAGCUAUGUGAGAAUGUAGAGUUGAAGAAAAAUUACAAAAACCAAAUGAUGAGCUUGAAGAAGGAGCUAAAUUACCAAACCGAAAUCUUCAACAAAUUUAAUAAUAGUCUCCUAGAAUUCAACAACUUGAAAAAAUAUUUCGAUUUGGUUAAUGCAAAUUCGAAGAUUAGUGAAAACAUGUUCUCCUCUGGUUUGGGCAAAUUGGGAGGGAAGGAGUUCACACAGGAAGAAUCUGAGACUGGUUCUCCAAUCGUUCCAGAUACAAACGUGAGAAGCAAUGCAAACUGGAGGAACAGAGAUGAUAUUCACUCAAAAGUGGAUUCCCUUAAUGACAGUUCAUCAUCAUUUCUUGUAGGAUCUGAAAUCAACAAAAAACAAAGCAUCAUAAGCAAAAUGAACCACGAGAUAAACAAAAUACAAAACGACAUUAACACAAAAAAGGAAAUUGAGGAGAACGAAAAAAUGGAAUCUUCCAAUUUGGAAAGGCUAAUAAGAGAUGAAAAGGAUGAGUAUGGAAAUUUAAAAAAUGGGAAAAACAAUUUGAUGAAAGAGUUGAACGAAUCGAUAAAUAAAAUGAAACAAAGGGAUGAAGCAAUUGAUUUAAUGAACAUAAAAUUGAAUGAGCUAAAAUCUAUUAUACAUGAUUUGGAAAUAGAAAAAGACGUUUUAACCAAGGAACAUAUGGCAGAAAAAGAUAAAAAAGAAAAAUUGCAAAUAGAGCUUGAUGCGUUAGAAAAAGAGUCUAAACGAGUUCAAAAGGGGAAAGAAAAUUUAGAAAAAAAAAUUGAUAAAAUUAUAGAGGAAAAUGCAAAGGCGAAAGUAGAAAUACAAAAUGAAAGAGAAAAAUGUGCAGAAAUGAAAGAAGAAAUAGCGAAAUUGAAUAAAGACAUGCAAAAUAGAGGAAACAAAAUAAAAAUUGUAAAAAAUGAUAUUAACAAAAAUAUUGAGAAAAUUAUUAAUUUGUACACGGAAGAAAUUAAAGUAAGUCAUUUUUCUUCAAAACUGAAAAAUGACCUAGGCAUUGUUAAGGAAAAUAUAACAAAAAAGGAAAACGAAAUUGAAAAUUACAAAAAUGGAAUUGUCAGAAUUAAAAUACAACAAAUUUUAGAAAGCACUAAAAUAGAAAAUAUCCAAAAAAAAGUAAAAAAAUUAAAUGAAGAGUUUAAUGAAAAGAAUGAAAAAUUUUCUAAUUAUGGUAAUAUCAUAAAAAAAAAUCAUUACUUAAUUGAAAACAAACAAUUAGAAGUAGACAGAUUAAAUGAAGAAUUUGAUAAAAAAAAAAGAAAAAAUUGUGAUGAUCAUGGUAUGCCAGUUACAUUAAAUAUGAAAAUACAAAAAUUGAAUAAACAAAUAAUAGACGUACUAAAACAAAGCAGAGAAUUAGAAAAAGACUGGUUCAUGAAGCAAUCAGAAAUGAUAAAAAUACAAAAUGAAAAUCAAAAAAUCAGUGAAGAAAUGUUAAGAGGGAAAGAUUUGCGAUUAAUUCUGAGUCAAAAAAAAUGUGAAUUACAAGAAAAUUUUAAAACUAUAGAAAAUGUGCUUAAAAAAAUAAAUAAAAAUAUUAUGUACAUACGUUUACAACUUGAAAAAUUUUCUUCCAAAAAUACAGAUACCUUGGCAGAAAUUAACAAAAUUGAAGAUGCCAUAUUAAGAAGAAAUGAAAAAAAAAACAUAAAGUGUGAAGAAUAUAAACAUAAAAAAGAAAAUUUAAAAAAUGAUAUUACUAACUUGAAGAAUGAAAAAGAGAAAUAUCAACAAGAUCUCGUAAACUAUGAAAAUAAAAUACUCCUUUUGGAAAAUCAAUUUUCUGAACAAAAAAAAUUACAGGGCGUUAUUAAACAGUACACAGAUAAUAAGGAUAUUCUAUUUUUAAAGAAGCAAAUACAAACCAAAAAUACUCUUAUAGAAAAUGUUAAAAAACAGCAAAAUGUUCUCUUAGCUAACAUCAAAUUGGCAUUAAACAAAAGAAAUGAAUUGGAUAACAAGAAGGAAGUUUUUCAAAAACAUUAUGACAAUGGUGUUAAUGUCUCCUUUAAAAUACAGCACGAAAUUUCAUUCAUAAAGAAAAAUGUAAAGGAUAUUAAAAAUAAAAAAUUAUCUCUAGCUAAUUAUUUGAACGAAUUAACAAACACAUAUGACAACCUGACCAGUCAGGCGGAACAUGAACAGACGAAACUCAUAAAUGUUAAUAGAGAAUGUAACAUAUUUGAAGGAAUGCUAAAAGUUCACAGUUUUGAAAAAAAACAUCGUUUUCAAGAAUUAUUAAAAUUUCAAAAUGCAGUAAAAAAUAUUACCACACUUGCAAACUCGAAGAAGCCGUAUGACCAUGUACGGAAAACUUGUUUUUCCUACAAGAAAAGACUCCUUGCCAUUGAAAAAAAAAUACGAACAGUAAAUACGGCCGAUGAAAAUUUAGCUAAAUUUAUUUCUGUCAUACUAGAGUGGGUUGUUAACUAA